UAGGAAUUGAUUUGGUCUAUUAGAACCUAUAAUACUUCCGCGUUGGCCGUGAGUCGCCAUUUUCUCUCAAGUUCUCCAGUGUGUGCAGUAUUUACAUAAUCAUAAACACGAUUGGAACUACAAUGGCUGUCUCAAAAACCGGGUUUGAAAGUGAUAAACACCUCAGCUGUACGAUUUGUUUGAACAUCUUCAAGAAACCCAAGACACUUAGCUGUCUGCACACGUUCUGCUGCCGAUGUCUUCAGGAAUACAUUGAUAAACAAUCCGAUGCUUGCAAGGAAAAAGGAUUUAGAUGCCCAGUCUGCAGAGUGUUUGUGUCCAUACCAAAUCCAACAGCAGGAUGGGCAGCUCAGAUAAGAAAUAACUUCAGAAUAGAAACCAUGACAGACAGUUUGGACAAGGACCACAGAAAGGAUGAAAUACAAGAUGGCGGUGAACCUGGUUUAGCAGAAGCGGAUCCUGAACCAAAUGGAAAAGAUGGUGGCGAUACAUUAGAGAAGAAAACAUUUACUUGGAUUGACACAGUUGAUGUCGGGAUUGAUGCUAAAAUGGGAGCUGCAAGAAACAUGUGUAUUGUUGAUCUAGUUGUCCUCAACCAGAAUGGGACAGAGGUGUUUGUUUUCUGCGACAAUAAAACUUGUGUGACUGCACAAUGGCAUGAUGUGAAGGAAGAUGCUGAGAAGAAGAGUAGUAUAUAUCUAGAAAACUCGCGUAGUCUGAAAAUAGCAAAAAUUAGUGCCAGUCAAGUCGCUGUCUUGUAUUGUUUAUAUUCUUGGCCUGAAGACCAUCAGUUACAUCUAAGAAUUAUCAAUGUCCGACCACAGUUGAUCAUUAAAGAGAUAAAAUGCCCACUAAAACCUAUAACUGAUCAUUUCGCUAUCACAACCGUCAUUUCAAAACCAGAGGUUCAAACUAGAUUAGUUAUUGCCCAUGACAACCUGCUGUCUGUCACUGAUUUGCAAGGCAAGAUUUUAAAGACAUUCCGCACUGGAAAAACCACCGUUGAACUUUUCAGAAUGGCAAAUUAUCUGACCUCGACUCCUUCUGGACACAUACUUGUGUCAGACAAUCAACUUGGUUGUGUGGUCUGCAUCACACUAGAGCGGGAGGUGCUGUGGAGAUACCCUUUAAAGAGGCCAGGGGCUUUACACUGUGAUGCACAGUCCCGGGUUUUAGUAGUAGACGGAGAAAACAAGCGAGUGAUUCUGCUGUCUCCAGAAGGAAAGUUUGUCAGACAUUUUUUGACGGAAGCUAAUUUUGACAAAAUUCCACAUUGUAUUUAUUACGAUGACACCAAAGAAAGAUUGUAUGUGACUGCAGGUGACAGCUACAUCAGGAUCUUUGGACAUCAGUGAACCCAGUAUAGGUAUUAGAAGAACCCAGUGUGUUUACCAUUCUUCCUUCCUCACCCACCUGAAUGAACACCGCAUCCCUGGGCUAACUAUAUGCAGUGCACUUAACUGUGUACACAUUCCCCCUACCUAUAGGUAGUGUAAUCAAUUAAAUACACAAUGCCCAACCUAUACACAUUGUAUUCAACUGAGUACACAUUUCCUUUACCAAUAUCGCAACUACGUACUGGUGACGCAACUGUUAUGAGUUAACGAUGAAUUUAAUUUGUGCUAGUAAUUUAGAAAAGUGAACUAGUGACAUAAUAAUUAUGUUCUUGUGAAGCAAUGUUGAUGAAUAAAUAUGUAUCUGUUUUUGCUAGUAAUAUAUAAUGUAGUAACUAUGUACUAUAGUAGUGUCGAAAAUAUAAUAAAACUGAUUUUUGUCGAUUAUGUCUUUCACAUUAAACUAACAAGUAAAUGUUUUGUAAAUAUCUAUUGAAUGAUACUCUACCUAAUUUAGCAUUUUCUUGUUUGGGCUCUCAUUGAUGUACAAGGCGAUGUUUACUCUUGAAAUUAAAAGAAAUAUGUCGGUAAACAGGUGGUUUGUGCACUUUAUUGAAACAGACUAUAACAAAUUUUGAUCGACGUGUCAAUUUCAUUGUUGUUGCAAUAUAUGAGGGACCCUCUGAUGACGGUUUACCCCUAUCCCUCUCCAAAACAAAAUAUUUGUAGACAUUUCUAAGUAACUUUUGAGCAAAACUGUUAAGAGUGUGUGAUCUAUUAUACCGGUAUUAAAGGUACUAUGUAUUAAAGGAGCUAUCUCCAAGUUGCACAAUGACAGCUAUUGCAAAUUAAAAAAAUUAAUUAAAUUUUGCUUUAAAUUUAAAGACUACACCUUCAACUAUAUGCCCAUAAAUAAUUCUAACAAAACAAUUUUAUCUGCUAGUA